UGUUUAAAAGAGGAGCGCGGUUGGCCCCAGAGGGCCCCCCGGACCGCCAGGCUUCGCUGGAGUACCUGGAGUCGACGGAAUCGAUGGCGAGAGAGGGGAAGACUCCUCUGUAACUGGCCCAGUAGGUCUUCCUGGAGAUAAUGGCAAAGAUGGGUCUUCUGGAGCUCCAGGCCUUCCAGGAGCAGAUGGACCUGUGGGACCCCCGGGGGAUCCAGGCCCUUUGGGCCCAAAAGGCUCAAAAGGGGAACCUGGAGCUCAGGGACCUGCUGGAGAACCGGGAGUAGGACUUGAUGGGACUGAUGGUAUUCCUGGCACGGAUGGGCUACCAGGUGAACUGGGAAAAGUAGGACCGCCUGGAGCAAAAGGGAGGAGAGGUGCCGUUGGUCUGCCUGGUCCUAUUGGUCCUCGGGGACCUCCAGCUGUUUACCAGGGUGAGGAGCUGUGUCCCACUGCCUGCCCAGCAGGACUGAAUGGAUAUUCUGGACUCCCAGGGAUGAAAGGUCACAAAGGGGCUAAGGGCGAAUCAGGUGAGCCCGGAAGACAAGGACACAAGGGAGAGGAGGGCGAUCAAGGACCGCCUGGUGAAGUUGGAGCUCAAGGACUGCCAGGCCCGGGUGGAGCAAGAGGCCUUCCAGGAAUAACGGGCCCCAAAGGAGACCGGGGACCUCGUGGAAAACCCGGUGAUGUCGGUCCGAGGGGAAUUCAGGGAGCACCAGGGGAUCCAGGUCAACGAGGAGCAAUAGGGGAGAGUGGACAAAUAGGAGCGCAGGGGGAUCGGGGCCCACAAGGAAUCAGGGGGGUACCAGGGCCAAAAGGAGAACCUGGCCUUCCGGGUCCAGAUGGCCGUGAGGGAAUACCUGGUCUGCCUGGCUCAAGGGGUCUUCCAGGGAAAAGUGGCGCUCCGGGUGAUGCGGGCACGCAGGGGCUUCCUGGUUUACCAGGUACAUACGGCCAGAAAGGACAAAGCGGCACAAAGGGUAACACGGGAGGCCCAGGAGUUGUGGGACUGAUGGGAUCUCCAGGGAAGCAAGGGGAGCGAGGAGACCAGGGGGAAGUGGGACCUGUGGGACCCAGAGGAGGACCUGGUGAACGUGGGGAGAGAGGACCUGAUGGACCGCCAGGAUUACCAGGAGGCAGGGUAAGACCUGACAGGUGGCUUAUUUCAAGGGAAAAAUAUUAAAUGAAAUUUCCU